AUGCCAACAGCCACCAUCACUAGUAUGAAUAAUCUAAAUAGAUAUUCAAUCGAAUCAUCUACAUCAUCUUCAUCUACGUCAUCUUCGAAUACAUCAUCAACAUCAAAUAAUAAUCAUAACAGAAUCACAACAUUUUUACCAGUCAGAAAAACAGUACUAUCAUCUACAUCAAAUGUUCAUCAUUAUCCUAUAUCCAAAUCGGCUACAUUUGACAUGUUCAAUGUCAAGGAAAAACACAGAAUAAUCGCAUCAUCGUCUGUCGCUGUUAAUAAUAAAAGAAAAGACGAUUAUCAAUCGACACAAUCUUUGUAUCCACCACCAUCAACAACACGAGUGAUGUUUAGAAUAAAUCCAUCUCCAUCCGUUGCACGUGUACCACCGGUUAGUAGAUUAAAUCAUUCAUCUGUUAAGCCAUCAAUGAUAAUGAAUUUAUCAACAGAAACAAUGAAACAACAACAAAAAGAAGAAUGUUGGCUAAGUUGUGAAGAACUGGAAACAAUUGAAAAACGUUUUACAGAUUUAUUAGAAACAAAUAAUAAAUUAAUGACAUCCAAUCGAGCUAAAAGUUGUGGAAGAUUACUGUCAACGGAUGAUGAUGAUGAUGAUGAAAGAUGUUCAACAAACAAUUCUUCGAUGAAAAACACUAUUGAAUAUCAUCCUGCCAAUGUUUUAUACGAUAAUAACACGAAGACUUCUCAACAUCAUUAUUCAAAACAGCUAAUAGGUUUGACCAAAUUAGAAAAUAAUAAUUUAGUGAUUACUGAUCAAGACGUUUACACGGUCGAAUCAUCGUACAAGUCAAUUGGUUCAAAAGUUUUUGUUUGUAAGUGUAUCGUUGAUUUGUUCGUUACAACCGCCGAACGUUUAUCAAAACUAGAAGAUUGGAUAUUUUUUCAACGUGGUCUUCCAGUAUGGCUUUUGAAUACAGGCAUCAAUCCAAAACGAAUAGAAUGUUUAUCACUUGUACUAGCCGAAAAAGGUUUAAUGACAUUCAUUUAA